CCGUGUAUCGCUGCAUUGGCAACUGGAUUGCAGUCUCGAUGCAUUGAUGAAGCCAUCAAAUACGCUUUGGAAGAGAAAAGAUUUGGUAUACCGGUUUGUGAGCAUCAGGCGAUACAAAUGUUGCUAGCGGAUAUGGCUAUCAAUAACGAAUUGUCACGAAUGCUGACCUAUCGCAGUGCAUGGGAAUUAAUGACUGGCGUUAGUCACGGCUACUACUCGACUUUAGCGAAAUGUUUUGCUGGUGAUGCGGCAAAUAAGGCUGCCAAUAGUGCUGUUCAGAUUCUUGGAGCGAAUGGAUACAAUCGUGAAUAUGGAGUUGAGAAAUUACUGCGAGAUGCGAAAAUAUUUCAGAUUUAUGACAGUACAAAUGAGACUCAACGAAAUAUCAUUGCUAAGAAUCUGCUUGAUCGAAUUCAGCAAAUCGGAUCGAUUUCGUUAAUUGCAUGA